AAACGAAGGCUCAGGGUACGAGAUUGUGAAGAUGGCUGCUUCUUCGAGUGGCAGCGAGGAAGAAGCAGUUUUGAAUGCCUGUCUGGAGGAAUUAWUGAAGGAACACGAUAAAGAUACAGUUAAAAUAGCCCUGGAAACAUUACUAAAGAUCACAAACAAUGUUAUCCAGUAUCCAAAGGAGGAGAAAUAUCAAAAGAUUAAGACUGAAAAUAAGAACUUUAAAAGCAAGKUGUGGAGUGUACCCGAGGCRCAGCAAUUUCUCAUGGUUUGUGGAUGGAUAGAGACUGAUGGUGCCAUYGUUUUGCAAGGCGAUAUUGAUAUGAUUCUUGUCAAACAUGUGUUGCAAAAUAAACUUAGGUCUGUGGAGCUGUGUAAAGAGGGUGGACAUUCUCUCUCAGAAAAGGAAAAGAACAUACAAGAAGAAAGAAGAGUACUCAGAGAAAAGGCAAGGUUGGAAAAACAAGAGAAGGAGAGGAUAAAAGCUCAAAUACGGGCUGACAGAGAAAACAUUAAAUCUAGGGAACUCCAUGAUUCAAAAGCAACCACAAUGCAUGGUGAUGGUCACAUGACAAAAUUUAAAGACAUUGGUGUUGACCUUGGAAAGGGCGGUGGAGGAUGAGGUUAGGAUUUCUGGCAUGCUCAACAAAAGGACAUUUGUUCAGUAGUGUUGAUACAGUUCUUUAGGACAAUAUAUAUAUCAAUAUUUCUCUCCAUAAUUAUAGUAACAAUGAUUUUUUUCAUAUUUUGAGGACUAGGAGUUGCAAGCAUUCCUACAUAAUAUCGUUUUUAAAACGAAAAGUUUUAAUUUUUUUGUUUUUUUAAUCAUACUUUUUAAUAAUAAAGUUUCCUCUAAAUAAUGAAAAGAGGUUUUGUAACCGUCAGUCUAUAAUACUCCAGUUUCGAGUUCAUAGCGAAAAACCGCUGCUUUAUUUGACAACAGAUUCUCUUGUGCAAAGACC